GAAAAAAAAAAAUUAUAAUAAAAAAAUCAAACAAAUAAGUUGAUCGUAGUGGAUGGGAGUUUUGUUUAAGAUUUUGGAUUCCCCAAAAGCGACGAACUACGAAAAUUCGGGUCUCCGAUUCAUGAAUGGCGAGGCGAGGCGAGGCAUCAAUUAACUAUAAGAUCUGAUCCAGCCAUCCGAAAACUUCUAACUACCGAUGUUUCGCGUUUUGAAGAACUUCCCUCUCAAAGGCGUCACCAACUGCCGAUGGAUGACCACCACCACCACCGUAAUGAGUUUCGGAGACGGUAGCCAUGGUGCUCUUGGCUUACCAAUCUCCGUCACCGGAAUCAAUUCUGACGCCUACGAACCCACUCCAAUCUCAGCCCUACCUCCCGAUGUUUCCAGCAUCGCCGCCGGUCACUACCACUCUCUCGCCGUUACUUCCCAAGGCCACCUCUGGUCUUGGGGUCGCAAUGCCGAAUCACAACUCGGUCGGAACCUUGAUUCCCCUAGAGAAACAUGGAUUGAACCAAAAAGAAUAGAGGGAUUAAGUGAUGUAAAAUCUGCAUUUGCCUCUGGUGUUGUUUCUGCAGCUAUUGGAAUCGACGGGUGUAUAUGGAUUUGGGGAAAAUCAAAACGGGGUCAAUUAGGUCUUGGAAUCGGAAUCACAGAAGCCAUUCAUCCCACCAAAAUAAAAUCUCUUUCAAAAGAAGAGAUAAUUAAGGUCUCAUUUGGAUGGGGACACGCUCUUGCACUUACUAAAGAUGGAAAGUUAUUCGGUUGGGGUUAUUCAGCUGAUGGUAGAUUAGGAAAGAGAGAAAUUACAGGUGUGUCCCCACUCGAUUCUGUAAACAAUUUGUCAAAGCGUGAAGAUGCUGAAAAAGUAGUAUUGGAAGCUAUGAGUAAAGAGAAUGAUAUGCCUAUCAUAUGGGAGCCAUGUUUGAUUGACGAAUUAAAAGGUGUUGAAGUUGCUGAUGUGUCAUGUGGACUUGACCACACCUUGGUUCUUUUACGUGAUGGAACUUUAUUAAGUGGAGGAAGCAAUGUAUAUGGGCAAUUGGGAAGAUCAACACAAGAUUUGGAGUUACAGUUACUUCCUGUUGAUAUAAGUGUCCACCCUGUUUCAAUUUCUUCAGGGCUAGGGCAUUCUUUAGCUAUAUGCCAGAUUCCAUCUGCAGAAGGUGGUGAAGGUAUCUCAGGGGUGUUUUCAUGGGGUUGGGGGCAAAAUUGUCAACUUGGAAGAGAAGGUCCAGGGAAUAUUCCGUUGCUUGUGGAUGGGCUUUUAGGGGAAAAGCCCGUAUCAGUGUCGGGUGGGCGGGUCCACUCCAUUGUCCUCACGGACAAUGGAGAGGUUUUUUCUUGGGGGUGUGGGAGAAGUGGGAGGCUUGGGUUGGGUAGCUCCAUGGAUGAACAUGAACCAAUGGUGGUUGAGUUUUCAGAAGAUACAAAUGUUUUGCAAGUUGUUUCAGGGUUUGAUCAUAAUUUGGUUUUAACUAGUUGACUGAUAGACAAUUUUGUUGUGUAUUAUUUGUUGUGUAUUGUUUGUGUUUAUGAAUGCAUUUCAUAUAUGAAAAUUGAAAAGAUGUAUUUUAGUUGCUAAUCAGAUGAAUGCUUACAAGUUACAACAUUGUGGUUUUGUGAUAUUCAUUCAUGAAUCUUGAUUUGUAAAUCCAAAAGCUCAAAAGUUUUCAGGGCUAUCAUCUAAUUGCUUCUCAUCUUCAAUGUCCACCUCCAAUAUCUCCUGGAAUCCUCUCUUUCAGAUAGUUUCCAAGUCUAGCUAAAACAAGAGAACGUUCAUGCCAGAAUCGACCUUUGAGUCUAAUCUUCACAAAUGGUCCAUCUACUUCAGCUAAUUCUGCAACUCCUGUUUUCAUAGAUUCGUUUUUGUUUUGAUUCAAUAAGGUAAUGAAAUCAAUGGAGGAAACUGGAAAG